AUGUCCUCAAUUGGCCUGCCGCACGGCAGCUUCCACUACUUUCCCCGUCUGCCCAAGGAGUUGCGCGAUGUCAUCUGGGAAUACGCCGCGCUGCCUUUCGUUCCUGGGAUUCACUUCUUCCAACUUAUCACGGAGCCUUUGUUUGAUGGGAACAGCUGGGAAACCAAUUGUCGACUUGAGGUGCCGACAGACUCCAGGUGCAGAGGCAAUGGCAACUACACCUCUUCGUACCUGAACGACGUCGGCGUUUGGGAUGCCUGCUGCGAGUCGCGCCAGCUGCUCGAGAAGCUCAGCCCGAGAAACGAGCGUCUGGGCGAGAAGGGAGGCCCCAUACUCACGGCACAAGGCAUGUUGACUGAGGAGGACUCGCCGUUUGAGAUGCUGCGCAGUUGGAGGAGCCACGACAGUGGCUGCGACUGUUCAUAUGGGGAGCACCGACCGGAGGAUAACUUCUUUGGAUCAAACCGCCCUUUGUUGAUCAAUCUUGACCAAGACAUCAUCUGCCUCACUUUAGACCUGGAUCGGCUAAGAUUUCAACUGAACGGAACCGAGAUACUGGGUAUCGAGGAGCUGCGGGCGUGGGGCAACGCGUUCCCCGUACGCAGGCUUGCCCUGCAAUUCUACCCGACGUGGACCAGGGAAAACCAUCACGACUGCAUCACUGCCCGGCAAGAAGAGACGCUGGCCGACUUGAUGCAUAACUUCUCGACCUACAGUUACUUCCCCUUUCUGAAGAGUGUCUACUUCAUUGAUUACCGCAUCACGGCCAAGAGCGGGGCCGUACUAAAUCGAUCAGUGGACAGACUGGAGCCUAUCUUUCAUGGCAAGGGGAUGACCUUUCACGAAGUACAACGAGACGACGACAGAUGGAACUUUCCAGACCGAAAUGCUUUUCUGCUGGCGGAAGAGCUAGCACAUCAACGCGCCUGCAGCCGUGCGGACUACUAUGCGAAUGACGAUAUUGAUGAGAAAAGGGAAGCCUUGGACCUCCUACAGGCUCGAGCCGACGUGUGGCGCCUAGACAAGGAUGAGCCUUGUCAGUUCAAAGUGCUGUGUUGUGUACCGACGGACUCGUAG